AGACUGCAGUAUGCUGCUAAAAGCAAAGCAUUAUACCACCUGCUGUAGCAGUGUCUGCAGACGAAACAUGGCUCCGAAUUAGUAGCACACACUCACACACACACACACACAGAGAGCCCUUUUUCGGCAGGGUUCCGUAUGACUGCCAUGGAAAAGGAGCUGCGACCAACAUUGCAUCUCAUAGUUUAGCUGGUACAGUAAAGUGAUUAAGCGCCUAUCAGUCAGUCAGUUUCAGCCGUUGAAAGAACAGAAGAGAAAAGGAAAGAAAAAGCCACAUAGCCCUGCAUAUGCAACACGCUGUCCCGAUCGAAGAAUGAUGAAACCAUCGGCUAUCAGACAGCGCAAGUGUCAUCAUCAAACCUCGACUGAUCGCCGCGCGGAUCGCAAUGCAAGCAGCAAAGCCGAGAGCCCGUGCUCGCCCGUCCAUGCAAGUAGACACACGCAACGCCGUCAAAGUGAGAUCGACGGAUCCCAGCAGUGAAAGGAUUCACGCCGAGUCAAAGGGAGCACAGGCCACCGCAGCAAGGACCGCCCUUGCUCUUGGGCCUCGAGAGCUCCAGAAGGCCAGAUCCCAGGUCUCGCUUGGCGGAGGAUCCAGCGCGAGGCUAUACCAGGGCCGGCUAGAUGCGGGCCGGCCACAUUGACAAGGAGGAGAGGAAAAGUUCUCUGAGAGGCGCAGGGCGAGAAGAAAAAAAGGAGACGGCGGCCUGGCAGACCGCCUAUUGGCGCGGGAUGGUACUGGGUACUCAUGCCACGUGCGGAUACAGGAUUAGUCGCACGGAUCGCGCUCUGGAGCCGC